AUGAUUUUGUGUGGCAAAGCACGCGCCUUUGCUGGUGACUCCGCGGAAGCCCGCGCGCUGGUGAAAGUCGUUGCCAGCUACACCAUGCCUCGCCAAGCCACCCGGCCGGUGGAUAAGCUACGAGGACCCGUUCGGAAGGCGGCGCUGGCUGGAUUGGAUCGCACCUCUCUUCAGGAUGAUCCCCUUCUGACCGGGCUGUCGGAGCUGCAAACGAAACAGGCCCUCAAAGUGUUGGAUACGUAUUGCGCCAACGUGCAACGCCAGGGGAGCGGGCGGAUCCAGAACAAGGCCGCGUACCUCAUGUCGCUGAUUCAGUCGUACAAGCUUGGCCCGGCCCCGGGUGCCACCGCCGGGUCGGCUCAGAGGCUCCUGGAGCGGCUGAGCCCCCCCGUGUCCCAAGCGGUGCAGGGGGUCUUCGAUCCGGUGCUCGACCGCUGCGUUUACGAGGACCGCGCGUUGAUGGAGCUCCUGGCGAAGGUGCCCGAAGAGCAGGCGCUGGCGGCGCUGAAGAAGUACCGCGCGACGGUACAGCGCCGGGGGCGAGAUGCCAUCGAGAACCGCUGCGGGUAUUUGAUAGGCUUCCUCAAGCAGUACCAAGACGGAGUGGCCAUAGUCGGUGUACCCGGCAACGCGGUGCACCAGGCUCGCAACGCUCUCGAGUCGAGCUCGAAUGGCUACGGCCAGCACUUGACGAACGGGUCGGCAGGCCAAUCGUCGUCCUCGGCGACGAAUGGCCACAACCCGAACGCGAACGGCGCUAGGAACGGUGCGAUGAACGGCGCGGGGGGCGGUCCGUCCGCGACCGCGACUUCUUCCUCUCAAGGGACGGGGGCGGCAGGAAACGGGGGGGCCGGGGGUGGUGGAAACUCUUCGGGGGUCCGACCGAUCACGUACCUCCAGGCUCCGGUGCGGAAAGAGCUGGAGAAGCUGUUCGAAUCGGGCAAGGACAAAACCGUCCUCGAAGACGUUGGGCUCAUCAAGCAGCUGUCGAGGCUGGGCGAGGAGCAGGCUUUGGCGGCGCUCAAGAACUACAAGGAGGCCUCCAAGCACCGGCGAGACAUCCACAACAAGUCCGCCUAUUUGAUGGGAAUUUUGCGAGGCUACAUCGAGGGCACCACCCCGAUCUCCAAGGCCCCCUGGGAAGGAGGAGGCAACGAAGACGGACCAGGCGUCAAUGCACCCACCGCGCCGCCCGGAACCAACCGGGCGCGAGGACGUGGUCGUGGUGCCGGGCAAGUCGAUGUCGAACGUAGCGACCCGAUUCCGCUGCCACAAUCGAACGUGCCGUCGCCAGCGCCCCCAGCGCCGGCGCCGGCGCCGGCGCCGGCGCCAACACAACCGCAGCCACAGCCGCAGUCGCAGCCGCAGCCGCCAGCAACCCCUCCCGCCGCGCCCUCUGCGGCACCCGCGGUCGCUGUUUCCGCGCCGCCGCGAGAGCUGGGCGGAUUCGCGAAUGCUCCUGCACAGACCCAACAGCAGCAGCUGACGCCGCCGCCGCCGCGGCCGCCGCCGUCGUCACCGUCGCCCCCGGUAGUGCGCCCGGCCGCACCAUUGACCUCGAUAUCUGCGACGCGAUCAGCCUCGCCCCCUCUCGGCGGGGACGGACGGUUCCUUGCCAGCUUGAGACAUGACGGCGCGAGCGGACGGCCUUCGCAGGGUCAGUACGAGCCGUCGAACGGCCUUUUGUACAUGAACGGCAGCGGAACGCACCAGCAGCAGCAGCAGCAGCAGCAGCAGCAGCAGCAGCAGCAGCCCCUGCGGCACGUGUCUCCGCACGAGUCACUGUUUGGCGGCGGCCAUCUGUCGGCCAACCACAACGGGGGUCAGCCGCAGACGUUGGUUGGGCCGGGCUUGCUCGGUGGCGAUUUUUUGGCGAGCGGAGGGGGUGCCAACUGGACGGGGGGCGCACCCCUUUCCGGCACCGCUCACGGUGGCGGAUCUGAGUCACUUUUCGGGUCCGGGUUGCUAGCGGGGGAGAACUUUGGCAGCUGCAGCAACAGCCGCAGCAACCUCGGAAAUGCGAUUCCUCAGUCCCCGGGCUCAGGCUCGGGUCUGGGAUCGACAUCGGCGAUGGGCUCGAGCUUCUUGUCCGUCCCCGAUUCAGGAGUUGAGUCUCCUCUGAGCAGUGACGCGGGGAAUGAUACUCCCGGCACGCUCCCCUCUUCGACGACGACGACAGCAACGGUGUCGGCUGGGUCCUUGUCCGUGGCAGGGUCGUCGUCAUGUAACGGGUCGACGGACUGGGCUUCGAGUGGCUCGCCGGAAUCGGUCCAGGGCAGGGAGAACACCGACUCGUCGAACGGCAACAGUGUGGUGGACGUGCUGGCACGGCUGAAUUUGAGCAAGUACGUUGCGGUUCUGGCGGAAGCGGAGGUCGAUCUGGACGCGCUGCGGCUUUUCGGCGAGGACGAUUUGAAGGACCUAGGGUUUCCCAAGGGGCCACGCGUCAAGCUUCUUCACGAGGUGCAAAACCUGAACUUCCCGUCAAGGGCAUGAGCCGGGGGGUGAUUGGUGUAGCAGUGAGAAACGGAAGGCCCGUCUGGUCCUGACAAAGAGCACCAUCUUAUCAUGAACGCAUUGUUGUCGUGUUGGUGUCGAGGGGGAGGGGGGGAGUUGGCGCAAAUCGUACCGUAGCGGCAUGUAGAAGCGUUCUCUUAUAAUUCCUGCUUUGACAAAGGUGGCUCGGAGAGCUGUCGACCGUUGCCUGCUUUGUUGGUUGUUUGUGAGAAUUUGCUGACUGGCGUAUAUUCAAUGUUUUGAAGGAUUUAAGGCAGUGUUGGGGUGUUUUGAGAAGUUUUUCGUGCUCAGGCGUUCGAACAUGGUUCGUUAUUUAGUCUGCGCGCUCAGGUCAACACCAGUCGUAUCGGACUGGGCUCUGGAAAUCGCACAACCAGUACAUGCUUUUGUGAACCAGCCAUCAAUAACGUUGCUCACAACCAACCGUGAACUCGAGGCACGCAGCUUAAGUCAUCAAGUGGGGCCAGUUUUUUUGCCUGGGUGCAUGCGACGCCGAAUUGCUGCAAACAACCUCCUCCUGCAGAUGCGCGAGUAUUGUUAUCGUACAUCGGCUAACGACAGACAGACUCAGACUGAGAAAUUAUGGUGAGUUUUUGGGUGAUAUGUGAUGAUAUCGUUCCGUUUAUCCGGACGCCAGUGUACCUUUGUGUGAACGCAUCAUCACUAUAUCUCCCUUCUUCCCCUCGCUCCCCGACAAGCUUUUGCUUAGACAUGGGUUGUAGCGAAGGGGGGGGUCUUUCUGGCGAGCAGGGCUAGACUCACCCUCAAGGGAUGACCGAAACCUUCUUGCUGCUGCGCAUCCGCCGCGAGGCGUGCGUGUGGUGGUGGAGUUGGGUCGGCACUGAUGGGGUCAGGCGGGAAAAUGUAGAUGGCGGGCCUUUCUGGCCGUCGGCGUAGGCAGUGAUGCCCAUCUCAUUUUUGUGCGCGGAGGCAGACACCAUCAGAAAGGUGGACGGGCACUACACGGCCCUAGGUUUGCUAGAGGGAGCUGUAUUGCCUCAGUAACCUGGCUUCGCCAUCAAAGGAGGAGGGAGCAGGUGGCGACGAGCUGAACUAGGCUGGUUGACCAUUCGGCGCGAGAAUUUUUAUUUUUUUCAGACCAAGAACCUUGAGUGCAAUGAGGGAGAAAGCGAGGAACGGACUGGGAAGGACAGCAACGAGAGCGUGUACGGACGGAGCAGGUCGAGUGGCGUUAUGCUCGGGCUGACUACAGCGGCGCCGGACGGAGCAGCGGCACCGGAGCAUGCGGGCGACAUCGACCCGUGGCGCACGGACAAACAUUUAUAUCUGAUCUGUGUUGUCAAUUUUUCUCGUUUUUUUCCUGAUUUUCGGUGUUGGUUCUAUGUGAUGACGUCGUCACUGGUUUUGUAGAGAGACCCGUCAGAGAUGGCGUGGCUAACCCGGGUGCCUUGGUUAUGUGCCUGAUCGUGGAAGACCCCUUCAAUGUGGAACGAUUCUUAGCUAGUGUCGAUAUUUUUCACUGCAGUGCCUACACAGACGAUCGGGAGAGAUUCGGGUGAUUGUCAAUUGCUGCUAUGAUGGCUUUGGUUGGUUGUUCUUUUUCACUGUACGGCCGCAGACACAUUCUGACAGCACUUCAGACAGCAGCUUUGUGCCCCGCCAGCUGCUUGUUCCAUGCCUACCAUGGUGUUUUUGUACAGACGGCACUUCAGACAGCAGUAUGCUGUAGUCGGCAAUCUUCCGUUUUGGUAUAGAAUGGGACAGGGAGGGGGUGAUGCUACUGUAGUCGAACGGUGGGACGGACGUGCAGUUCAGUUUUUGGGCACGCAUACGGUGCUGCAGGGAUCUUAAGGUGUACCUCUUCGGGCUCUUGGAUACCUUUUUCUCGUUAUAUGUGUGCGUGUUCUUUAGAUCCU